UUCAUUCUAUAAUUAAUAUGCUGUUUCAUUAUAAUCAGCAACAUAAAUUGAUUCCAGUAUACAUAAUUUUUUAAUAAGGUCUGUUUUAUCAAUUGUAUAGGUGAUACAACAUUCGUCCUGAUCUUUCCCUGUCCUGGUACAUUGUUCUGUGGGGUUCCAUGGGUUCUAUUUUUUUUUUUUUUUUAAUAUUGUACUUUAUGAGAGGUACUUUCAGCACUUAAAGUUACCAAGUACUCCUAAUGACCAUAGUUGUGUGUAUGUGGGUUUUUUCUUUCCCUAAUGACUUUUAACUAUUUUUCCUCUGGUCUUAAUUUCUUUAUAAACUACCCUUUGUUUUACUUUUUUGUAUUAUUGCUUGUCACUUCAAAUCCCUUGCAUAGCAAGAUGGAGUGCAAAUGAAUUUUAUAAUUUAAUUCGGCAGUAAUUAUACUUUUCCCACCUAAUAAGAUGACUUAGAAUAUCUUAGAAAAUUAAUAGUUUCUCUGCAUUUGUUAUUUCAGUUAUGAUGGAAGUAUUUAAAAGGUGUUAUAAAACCACUUAUAAUACUUAAGUAAACAUCUUUAAGUUUCCUAUUUCAAAAAGAAGAAUCUACAUCCCACUGUUUUGAGUAGAAUAUAAUAUUUGUGUUUUAAAUUAUUGGACAGGGGACCUUGCUUUGGAGAAUUUAAAUGAAUUUACCUCAUAUUCUUGACCUUCAUGUCAUUAAUCCAGAGUCACGUAGCUUGCCCCUCCACCAUUUAGAGGAGUGACUCAUUUUUAUGAUUCAUUUUUCUGUUAGUUCAGGAAACAUUUUCUGGUGGUAACGUUAUGCACUCCAAUGCCUUCUGAACUUUAAAGCUUUGUACUCGCGUCUUGUUUCUUAGCAGUUUCCUUGGUGAUCAGAAGUUCCAGUUGUUACUUUCAAUCUGCAACAGCUGAACAACUCUUCUUUCCAAACCAGCUCUCCUAAAUUCCCGUUGUUAGACUUGGUGUCUAUAUUUAGCAGGUGGGAUUAAGUUGCAAGGCUUCAGGCUGCCCAGAGCACACUAAUCUGCCUUUUUACAGCUAGACCCGUGUGCUGCGAGGAACUAAGGCCUUCAGUGUCCCCUUCCUUACCCAGGUUUCUCACAAAAUGGAUUCCCAGCGGGAACUUGCAGAAGAACUGCGGCUUUACCAAUCUACCCUUCUUCAGGAUGGUCUAAAAGAUCUCCUGGAAGAGAAAAAAUUCAUCGACUGCACCCUAAAAGCAGGUGACAAAAGUCUUCCUUGCCACAGAUUGAUUUUGUCAGCUUGUAGCCCUUACUUCCGUGAGUAUUUUUUGUCUGAAAUGGAGGAGGAGAAAAAGAAGGAGGUAGUAUUAGAUAACGUGGAUCCUGCUGUUCUUGAUUUAAUCAUCAAAUACCUGUACUCAGCCAGUAUUGACCUCAACGAUGGAAAUGUGCAAGACAUCUUCGCCCUGGCCAGCCGCUUUCAGAUUCCCUCUGUGUUCACUGUCUGUGUUUCUUAUCUUCAGAAAAGACUGGCUCCCGGUAACUGUCUAGCCAUUCUGAGAUUAGGACUUCUUCUUGACUGCCCGAGACUUGCCAUUUCUGCCCGUGAAUUUGUGUCUGAUCGCUUUGUGCAGAUUUGUAAGGAAGAGGACUUCAUGCAACUGUCUCUACAGGAACUGAUCUCAGUCAUUUCAAAUGACAGUCUAAAUGUAGAAAAGGAAGAAGUUGUCUUUGAGGCAGUGAUGAAAUGGGUGCAAACAGACAAAGAAAACAGGGCAAAAAAUCUUAGUGAAGUGUUUGAUUGUAUUCGUUUUCGCCUUAUGGCAGAAAAAUAUUUUAAAGAUCAUGUUGAGAAAGAUGACAUAAUUAAAAGCAACCCAGAACUCCAGAAAAAAAUCAAAAUUCUAAAAGAUGCUUUUGCAGGCAAACUCCCAGAACCUAGCAAAAGUGCAGAGAAGACAGGGACUGGUGAGGUGAACGGUGAUGUUGGUGAUGAAGACUUACUUCCUGGUUACCUGAAUGAUAUUCCCAGGCAUGGGAUGUUUGUUAAAGAUCUCAUCCUCUUGGUUAAUGACACAGCCGCAGUGGCUUAUGAUCCCACAGAAAAUGAGUGCUACCUUACUGCUCUAGCUGAGCAGAUCCCCAGAAAUCAUUCCAGUAUCGUUACCCAACAAAAUCAGAUUUAUGUGGUGGGAGGACUGUAUGUGGAUGAAGAAAAUAAGGAUCAACCUCUACAGUCAUACUUCUUCCAGCUUGAUAACAUAACAUCCGAAUGGGUUGGACUUCCACCUCUACCUUCAGCCAGGUGUCUCUUUGGUCUGGGAGAGGUAGAUGACAAAAUCUAUGUGGUUGCUGGCAAAGAUCUUCAAACAGAGGCUUCGCUGGACUCAGUAUUACGCUAUGAUCCUGUGGCUGCAAAAUGGAGUGAAGUAAAAAACCUCCCUAUCAAAGUCUAUGGCCAUAACGUGAUUUCACAUAAUGGGAUGAUAUAUUGUCUAGGCGGAAAGACAGAUGACAAAAAGUGUACAAAUAGGGUGUUUAUCUAUAACCCCAAAAAAGGAGACUGGAAAGAUCUGGCUCCAAUGAAAACACCUCGUUCCAUGUUUGGAGUGGCAGUCCAUAAAGGCAAAAUCGUGAUUGCAGGAGGUGUCACCGAAGAUGGCCUUUCAGCUUCAGUUGAAGCUUUUGACCUCAAAACCAAUAAAUGGGAAGUUAUGACAGAAUUUCCCCAAGAAAGAAGCUCUAUCAGUUUGAUCAGCCUGGCUGGAUCCCUGUAUGCCAUUGGUGGUUUUGCCAUGAUUCAACUGGAGUCUAAAGAGUUUGCACCCACUGAAGUCAAUGACAUAUGGAAGUAUGAAGAUGAUAAAAAAGAAUGGGCUGGGAUGUUAAAGGAAAUACGUUAUGCUUCGGGAGCUAGUUGCCUAGCAACACGUUUAAAUCUGUUCAAAUUGUCAAAACUAUAAACAAGGUGACAAAAGCAUAAUACUUUGAGAGAUGGUUUCUUUGUUCAACAUGGCCUUAAUUUAAAAGCCUGUACAGAUUCAUGUAGGAAUUAAGUUACUAAGAAGUGAACAGUAUACCAGAGUCCCAAAGACACUGACUUUUCAGUGUGAUUGAGCAAAAGACCAUUUUCUAAUAACUUUAAUAUUCAAUUCAGUUGAA